CCAACCUUGUCAGUCUCUUAUCCGAAUCCAAACUAUACGUUGAAAAAAAUAAGCCACGCAUAAGUUAUAUAGCGCGCAAUAAAUAAGAGGCUAAUCAUAUUUAGAAGCUUUACCAACAGACGCAUGGCAGGCUUAAUUUUUACGAGACGGGUUCUCCACAUUAAAGCAAAUAUUGCAUAGAGGGGAGUGUGUAAUUUAAAUGGUCAAUAUUCAAGAUAUUUGAAUGGUGCAAGUAAAGAGUUGACUUUGCAGAGAGUGAGAGAGAGAUAUGCAGAUUAGGGAUCAGAUUCUCAUCCUCAUUAGCCAUAAUUUGUGACCAUUUCUCCUGAUUGUAAUCACGAUACUUAUUACAUUCCUACUUUUCGUGAUCUUAUUUCCAUUCAAAGUAUGCAAAAUUCAGGCGAUUCGAAUACUACGGAUUUUUCUAAACAUCUCAAAUGUCAUUACUUCUCUAAAGGAUUGUGAAUUCUUACGACUCGUAAAGAAAUGGAGGGGAUGAUAACCUCCUGCAGGCAAAAAGUGAGACACGGGAAAUGGUAUCAAACUUACAAGUACACAAACAACAAGUACAUGCACAAAAUUCCCAUAAAAGUUAUUAGCAACAUGGCAAAAGGCAAACUCGCAUCAAUAAAGGCGUAACACAGAGUGAGACGGGAAUGCGAAAAGCAAUUGUAUGUACAUACACAUUUCUUCCCUUGAGUAAGUUGAGACGCCAUUUUGAUUCGCAAUUCGCAACAUGAACGAAAACUGUAUAGUUUGGAUGAGAUUUUGGUUCGAUAAGAGUUUUUUUUAUAAAAUUUUGAACAAUUAAUCGUGUCCGUGGUUAAGAUUAGUUUUUAGAAAAGUGUGAGAAUUAGUUUAACAAAGAAUGUCCCAUGAUAACGACGACUCUUACCUGACUCGUCGUUUACUCACGCCACCAACUCCGAUAAGCGAAACUAUGCAAAAAGUGAGGAUCGAGAACGAAAAAAGUAACAAUAAAAUGACGACGAGUGAUAAAGAACCAGAUUUUCGACUGCACGAUGCAGUUUGUGAUACGGAAAAUAUUCAAGAAGUUCAAGAUUUAUUGGAGGAAAAUCCGAACCUUUUGUUCGAAAGGGAUGACGAGGGGCGCACCCCACUUCAUACCCUCACCAUCUCAGGUGACGAGGAAGCACCGGAAGUGGUGAAAGUUCUUCUUGGCGUUACUGAAAGUUCGGACGGGAAUUUCGUGGUGCAGACGGAGAGAGCCAACGCCCUUCACACCAUUGACGACAAGGGCUUCACCCCGCUUCACUACGCCGCCAGAAACUGGUGGCCUGCAUUGACGCGCCUCCUCCUCCAAUGUGGGGCACGACCCGACGCCCAAGACUCCAAGGGCGACACACCCCUUCACCUCGCAGCGGAAGGAAAUAUUGAUGGAGCGUUGGAGUGCGCUUCGGAAAUUUUGAAGCAUGACUGGGACGGAACGUUACUAAAUUUGAAGAACGUCGACGAACACACCGCGUUACACAGAGCGGUGAAAGAACAGGGCGUGGAAAUGGUGACCCUCCUCCUUCAACACAAGUUGGACUUAUCCGCCCAUUGGGUUUCUAAGGGACAAAGCAUUUUGCAAUAUCUUUGCAUCGAAUCAGGCGAGACGGACAAAUCUUGCCAGAUUUUCGCAUCCAUCGCCACCGUCUGUAGUCCAGGGCAGCUCAACUUUUCCGACGACGAGGGACGCACCGUCCUCCAUACCGCCGCUAUCAAACGAUUGCCACGAAUCGUGGACAUUUUGGUGGCCGACGAAAGGCUGGAUGUCCUCAAGAUUGACAAAAGGAAGAGGAACGCCCUGCAUUAUGCGGCGGAAAACGGCGCAUAUCCCGACGGCUAUCGAUGCGUUGAGGGACUCAUUAAUCGCAGAUUCCCGAGAACCAAGGUGCAAAUUCAGUAUUUGUAUGAAAUGAAUGAUGAGAUGGGAAGCAGUCCUUUUAUGCUCGCCUGUCUCAACUGUCCGGUGGAGACAAUGAGAAAAUACCUCCGAGCCAUUCGUGAACCGCAGUUCUGGAUGUCGGAUACGAAUAUGACUCUGGUUUACAAGCAGUGUCCGAUGGCGAUCGGUGCCUUGAUGGAUGGGGCUUUUUCUGAGAAGAAAAACCCAAAGGAUGCCGAAGUGGAUGUUAUCGUGACAGAUUUUGGGCCGGUCACCGGAUAUGCGGACCCCAUCGAAACCCUGCCCCAACAGGAGACCAAAUAUCUCAAAAAUGCACUCUGGUGGGAUUAUGAGACCCAAAAGGAAAUUCUCAUGCAUCCUCUCGUGCAACUCUUCGUUGUGAAAAAGUGCCAAAAACUUCGUGCCAUUAUUUACGGCUGGAUCCUGUGGCAGCUGAUCUGGCUGGCCGCAUACACGAUGCUGGCCUUGACCACGUACUGCAAUGUGCUCGACUCUCCUCCCACGGGUUUAGUGGCCGCGAUAGUUAUUGGGAUUUACAUCUUGAUUUCCUUGAUCAACGAGGUCUUCGAAGUCUCGUCCGUCGGUUUGGCCUAUGUUCGCAGUAUUUCAAAUUAUUUCCAAAUUAUUCAAGUGGUCUUGGCGUCCGUGGCCAUUUAUCCCGUCCUCUUGGCCAUGGAGGUGACCGUGGUCAACAAAAACUGUGCCGCUAUUGGCGUCCUUCUCGCGUACAUCCUGAGUAUGCGGGACAUUGGUAAAAUGCACGAAGAAAUCGCACUAGUGGUCGAAGUACUGAAACAGGUUGUCAUCCAAAUUAUAAAAGUUUUAUUGUGCUGUUCCCCAAUCCUGUUUGGAUUCACGCUUGCCUUCGUUAUACUCUUUGACGACGACGAGUCUCUCAACACAACGUUUCCGGGACCAUUGGUGAAAGUGUUGGUGAUGAUGACGGGCGAAUUUGAGUACAACGACACCUUCAAAACUGAGGAGGGCGAAGGAGGAGGAAAACCUGGUUCGGAAGUGGACACGAAAAACAGGGCGAUUCGACUCUUGGUCUUCCUCUCCUUUCUGAUCUGUAUUCCCGUCUCCUUCUUCAACCUUUUGACCGCCUUUGCCCUCGAGAGAGUUAUGGAACUCCGAGAAAGAGCGAAAGUCGGUCGAAUUGCGAAACAAUUGGAGCAUAUUUACUUUAUCGAAUCCAUUCUGUUAAGUCUCAGCCCUUUGAAGAAACUCGUCCUCCCACACGGAAAACUUGCCCGGCUGCUGCGCAAGUACAACGUGACGACUGCUAUGAUUGACGGUGACCUGAAAUUUGAGACCUUCAUUUCGGAACAAACGCCCAAAAAGAUUGACCGCAGGACGGCGAAGGAGAGACGACUCGAUUUGUGCGCCGCGUUGAGAUCGAUUUUCGGUACAGAAUUGUCUCCUGAAGUUCGGCGUGAAAUUUUCGCGAUGGCAUCUCAACAAAGUAAAAAGUGAAAGUUAACGAGUUACUUGAAGAGUAUUAUCUCAAUAUUUUAGACACAUUCUUGUCAUACGUUCCAUUAAUUACUUACAUACUUAAAUAUGUUUCAUUUGUCAUUUACAUGCUUUCUUCCAUAUAAUUCCUACAUCAGUGAAAAUUCAUACGCUACGAAUUUUAACUGAUGUACGCGCAUUUCUUGUGUAAUAAUAAACAAUGCAAUCCAUUCCUGGCCUAAA